AUGUCCCCCCCUGGCUCGGCCGCGGGAGAGAGCGCCGGCGGCGGCGGCGGCGGUGGCGGCCCCGGGGUCCCGGAGGAGCCCACGGCAGCGGCGGCGGCGGACGAGGGCCCCGCCCGAGAGGAGCAGCGUCCCAUCCAGCCCUCCUUCACCAAGUCCCUCUGCCGUGAAUCCCACUGGAAGUGCCUGCUGCUCUCCCUGCUCAUGUACGGCUGCCUGGGGGCCGUGGCUUGGUGCCACGUCACCACGGUGACCCGCCUCACCUUCAGCAGCGCCUAUCAGGGCAACAGCCUCAUGUACCAUGACAGCCCCUGCUCCAACGGCUAUGUCUACAUCCCCCUGGCCUUCCUGCUCAUGCUGUACGCUGUCUAUCUGGUGGAGUGCUGGCACUGCCAAGCCCGCCAUGAGCUGCAGCACCGUGUUGAUGUCACCAGUGUGCGGGAGCGCGUGGGCCGCAUGCAGCAGGCCACGCCCUGUAUCUGGUGGAAGGCCAUCAGCUACCAUUAUGUCCGGCGCACCCGCCAGGUCACCCGAUACCGCAACGGAGAUGCCUACACCACCACCCAGGUGUAUCAUGAGCGCGUCAACACGCACGUGGCGGAGGCUGAGUUUGACUACGCGCGUUGCGGUGUCCGCGACGUAUCCAAGGCGCUCGUGGGGCUGGAGGGCGCGCCGGCCACGCGGCUGCGCUUCACCAAGUGCUUCAGCUUCGCCAGCGUGGAGGCUGAGAACGCGUAUCUGUGCCAGCGCGCGCGCUUCUUCGCCGAGAACGAGGGCCUGGACGACUACAUGGAGGCGCGCGAGGGCAUGCACCUCAAGAACGUGGACUUCCGCGAGUUCAUGGUGGCCUUCCCGGACCCGGCCAGGCCGCCGUGGUACGCCUGCUCAUCGGCCUUCUGGGCUGCGGCCCUGCUGACGCUGUCGUGGCCGCUGCGCGUGCUGUCUGAGUACCGCACGGCCUAUGCGCACUACCACGUGGAGAAGCUCUUCGGCCUGGAGGGCCCGGGCUCGGCCAGCAGCGCGGGCGGCGGCCUGAGCCCCACCGACGAGCUGCUGCCCCCGCUCACCCACCGCCUGCCGCGGGUCAACACGGUGGACAGCACAGAGCUCGAGUGGCACAUCCGCUCCAACCAGCAGCUGGUGCCCAGUUACUCAGAGGCGGUGCUCAUGGACUUGGCCGGGCUUGGGGCGCGCGGCUCCGGGGGCGCGGCCGGCGGCUACGCGUCCACGUGCCGCUACGGCGGGGUGGGCGGCCCGGGCGCCGCGGGGGUGGCCCCCUACCGGCGCAGCUGCGAGCACUGCCAGCGCGCCGUCAGCAGCUCGUCCAUCUUCUCGCGCAGCGCCCUGAGCAUCUGCGCCAGCCCGCGGGCCGGCCCGGGGCCCGGAGGAGGGCCGGGCUGCGGGGGCAGCCGCUUCUCGCUCGGCCGCCUCUACGGCUCGCGGCGCAGCUGCCUGUGGCGCAGCCGGAGCGGGAGCGUCAACGAGGCGAGCUGUCCAACGGAGCAGACGCGGUUGUCGAGCCAGGCCAGCAUGGGGGACGAUGAGGACGACGACGAGGAGGAGGCCGGGCCACCGCCGCCCUACCACGACGCCCUCUACUUUCCGGUCCUCAUCGUGCACCGGCAGGAGGGAUGUCUGGGCCACAGCCACCGGCCGUUGCACCGCCACGGCUCCUGCGUGGAGACCUCACUGUGACCAAUGGCUCUCGACAAACCCGCUGCCCUCCUCCUGCCUCUUGCCGGACUGUGCUCCCUGCCUGUAGCAGGGGGAGUCACGAUGAUGACCGAGGCUGUGCUGAGCACGGUGGGAGUUUGAGAGGCAAGGGUGAGCGGGACAGACUCCACGGGGCUGAGACCCCCGCCUUCCCUAUACAUAAAAAGGCAGAUGGGUGGGAGGGGGUCAGCAGUACCUGGAGAAUCCCACCCCGGUAGAGUCGUCUCUUUCAGCCCCGCCCCUGAGUUCCUAAGGGGACCCCUUCCUACACGCACACUCGAUAUUUCCAGUCCAGCCUUCCAACGGAUCUUCUGACUGUUAUGUGGCGACUAUGUUGUGGGACCCGAGCUGGGCCUCCUCUCAAGUGAGAGGCUUUUACUGUGCAGCUGGGGAGGUUCAGAGGCUGUGGGGAAGGGAAAAUUGGGGCUUUCCUACUUCCCCUGGCUGGCUCCCCAGGGCCUCUCUCUACUGAGGGGGCGAUGGUUUGGUGAACAGCAGGGCUGGCUUCAAGCCAGUUAAUGAAUUCAGUGGGUCUGAGGCUGGGGCCAGGUGUCAGCCCCCCAUCUCAAAACCAAUACUCCAUCUCAAAGCCGUGGGCAUGUCGCUAUCCUCUUCUUGGCUCAUGCCCCAAAGAUGGGGGUUUCGUUUCUGCCACUCUCACCGCUGUUUAUUUCACUGGGCCCUUGGAGUCUGGGUCCCGGAGAGACUGUGCUCACCACAGAGACGUCACUGUCCUCCCUCCCUUUCUGCUCCUGGCUCUGGAGCGCUG